ACCACUUCCUGUCUGAAUACCAACAUCAAUCUGCCGCUUCAUCGAGCUGCAGUCUCAACCACACCUGCAUCCAAACAGACUAUCAUCUCAUCGCUGCUGUUGAAGACAUCAUGGCGAGUAAAGCUUUACCCGAUUACGAGUGCACCAUUGAGAUUGAGAAUAAGUGCUCUGAGUUCAUCCUGUGUAACCCACAGGUGUACACUAAAAGUGGAUUCUGUAAGAGUCCUCUGCCGCCAACACUUGGCCCGUCUGAAUUUGGCAAAGCUCAGUUCAACAAGACCUUGUACUCGGCACGUGGAGCUGUUGGAGUCUUCACUUACGAUCUCCAGAAUAAGUCCAAAGAGGAAUGCCUUGAAAAAGUGGCUAUCAUGUUCUCUGUCCCUUAUGACUACAUCCUGUACUCGAACACGUACGCAGUGGGAGUCUUUGACCAUUAUAAAAAGUGUGAUGAAAGCCUUUUUGAAGAGAUGUGUAACAUCAAGCACCCACACUCAGGGUUCGUCAGAGGUAAAGCUAAAGACUCCCAAAGUCUGACUCACAAAGGUGAACAUGUUACCGUCCGAGCCACCAUGUCAAACAGCGGCACAUCUGUCGUCAAGGUACAGGUGUGCAUCAAAUGAAAUAUGAAGCAUCACAGAACUCUUCAGACCUGAUUUUUUUUUCUAUUCUUCCCUGCACCUUUAACCCUUGUGUUGUCUUCCCG